AUGGAGUCGGGAGAAGCAGCCAAGCCUUUGAUCCAAGCACCCACCGGGGUGGCCCCAAAACGGAGGCGUAGAGGGCAGCACGCAACCUCCAAGGGCAGCGGGAGAAAAAAUGACGAGCUGGUCAAGCGAUUUCAGCCAUCGUUGUCAUGGCUGCUCCCAGGCGCUGCCAGAGUGCAGCGCCGCCUCCUGCCACGCCCAACAAGACCGCCGCCUCCAGGAAUCACCCCUUUGAGAAGGCUCGGCGUGUGGCGACGCUUGCGCCAAGGGGUUGAUUCGGAAGGUGCCCCUGUCUUCGUCACACUGGAAGGCGAUAUUGUUCACAAGCCGCAGAGUUACUGGGCCGCACAGCGAGACGAGGCAAUACUUGCCACCGCUGGAAUCCGUGGACGCGGUCGAGGGAGUCGAAUACACGUGCCCGAGGCUGUGCCUCCGUUUUCUAUUAGGUGGAGGGCGUUCAGCGACGUUCCCUGCAUGUGCGCCGCAGUUGCGGACGGGAUAUACUGGCGGUCCUUGAUAUACUCCGCCCCGACCUCUGGCGGUAAGAGUUUGGUAGCGGAGCUUUUGAUCGCCAGACGCCUCUUGUUCGAGGGAGUUCGCUCCGUCGUGGUGGCACCUCACGUCUCACUAUGCACAGAGAAAGCACAGCACCUCCAGCAGCUUUUGGGCCCUAUGACGUUGCGUGUUGAGGCUUUCCAUGCGAGCGCCAACGCGGCAUCCAACUGGUAUGCUGGUAUUGACGUGGCUGUUUGCACGCUGGAAAAGGCCAACAUGAUCUUCAACAGGCUGAUCCUUGACCUCUUAGCCCCUGAAGUCGCAAUGGCGGAAGACACCGAAACGGCCGGCAAUGCCGCAGCUCUGCAAGAGGCGGGGGAUGGCUGUGACGGUGCUUUUCGUAGCGCGGAUAUUGGAGUUUGUCAGGAAGCUCGCUGGUGGAGCAGUGUCUGCAGGCGUUUGCCUGUCAUUGAGGCGGAGUUCCCCGUGGGUUUGGUUUGUGUGGACGAAAUUCACGUGAUUGGCGACCCGCAGAGGGGGCAUCUCUUGGAGAUGCUUCUGGCGAAGGUGCUCUUCCUGAAUCGAAUCCUGAAGCGGCCCAUACAGCUAGUGGGCAUGUCUGCUACCCUUCCGAACGCUGCUCAAAUUGCCGAGUGGCUGGACGCCGAGCUAUUCGUUACUGGUGAUCGGCCGUCGCCUCUCGACCUCUUUGUCAAGGUUGGGUCCGAGGUGUAUGCGUGGGACAAAACUGAAGGAUUGCAGUCGGCGCGGCGCUUGCAUGGAGGCCGUCUCUCCCUGCCUCCCUUGGUGGAGGCUGCAGCGUCGGCUGCUGCACGGGCACUGGCAGCGGCGGGGACUGCUGCGCACGCGACAGCGUCUUCGGGGGGGGCGCACCAGCUCCCCACCGUGCCGUUGACAGCGAGUCUAGGAGCAGGACGGGGAAAACAUGCGUCUGUGGUCGCUUCAGCCUUGCGCUGCCUGAGAGAAGAAGCCGACAUUGUCUCCCCGAACUCGCCUCCCUCCAGGCGGGCAGGCUCCACAGGAGGCGGAGCGAACGGCUCCGCUGCUGCCAGAGAACACUGCUGCGGAUGGCAGGAAGACGCAGAGCACUUGGCGACUUUGACAUGGGAGACGCUUCGCGAAAGUCGCAAAGUCAUCAUCUUCUGUCCCACGCAGGAGUGGACUGCCCGCACAGCCAGCUUCCUCGCAAAAGCUUUGCCGUUCUGCAGACGGAUGGAGGCUUGGGCGGAUCUGCUCAGGCAGCGUGCUGCAGCCUGCCUAAGUAUUCGAAGUCUGAACGCCUGCGAGUCGAUGCAGUGCCCGCGAGAGGUCCCCCCCCAACGCGCUCAACAACAGCAACAACAGCAGCUGCAGCAGCUGCAACAGCUGCAACAGCAGGCGCUGCGGCAAGCACGGCAGGAACUUUUUGCCCUGCCAGUCAGCAUGUUGGCACAGCUGCUGGCUCACAGUCCCCAUUUGUAUGUCGAUCAGCAGACUCUAAGAGGCCGCGAAGACAUGCAGUGGCAGCUAGCACAGCUUUCGCUAAUCCCCCAAGCCACCAUGUUGGCUGCGAUCCGCGAAGGCGUGGCAUAUCAUCAUGCGGGCCUGAGCGGGGAGGAACGAGAGUGCGUGGAGAACGGCUAUCGUCGCGGCUACCUGAGCGUGUUGUGUGCAACCACGACACUGGCUCUGGGUGUCAAUCUUCCCGCUGCUCGCGUCAUCGUUCGCGCUCCCCAUGUAGGACGAAACGAGCUUUUGUCGGCUGCUCGAUUUCAGCAAAUGGCAGGCCGUGCCGGACGGAAAGGCCUCGAACAUAGAGGAGAAGCCUACAUAAUCUGCUCUGCUGACACCCUCCCGCAUGUGCAGGAUCUCGUCAAGACAGUGGCUGCAGCCGCCUCGCCGGAGCGCUCUUCGUCCACGGGCACCAAGGGCAGCGUUGCUGCUGGCGUAUCGGCUCUAAAGGGCCAGCACCUCUGCCGCUUUCUCCUCGAGACUGUGCAUGUGCUGUUGCCUCUGUUGCGUCGGGGCAGGGAAGGCUUUUCCAGAAACACAGAUGGCGGCGCGUUCGGGGAUAUUGCAGCAGUUCUCUUGCAGUGCACGCUGCGAAGCCGCCAGGAGUCGCACGCGUCGCUCGUUGAGGAGGCUGCGGCGGCUGUCCGCUACCUCCACACGUGCUUUCUUCUGGAAGCCGAAGCUGCCAGCGCCUCUCCCCCUUGUUGCGCGAUGCAGCAGCAGUUCCAAGGCCCUUCAGAUCCAUGGCUGUGCUGCAGCGGAGCGUCUGCUCAUGAGAAACCUGCAGUUCAUAACUCCGCAAGGCCUGCGCCUCAUGCAAACUUGGCAAACGCACCCCCCGAGCUGGUCGAAGCCGCUCAUACGACCCCCUCGCAAACAUGCAGAUUCCCACUGCGCGCGCUCGCCUUUCCCCCGUCCACCCUCCCCGCCCCCUGUCAAGCUCUUUUGCAGCGCUACCCCUGUCUGCGGUCCCCUGCAGUGCUGGCUAGGAUGCUCCAAGCGGCACUUCACGCAAGCGACAAUGCAGAGGCCAUGCCCGACUCCGCGCCGCUGCUGCACGCAGCUCCGCGAGGGCCCCCAGACGCAGCUCCCGACACCACCUCGCAUCUUCCCGCUUCGUCAAAACAUCCCCCGCAAAGCCGCGGAGCCACAGGCCAGUCCAGCCGCGCACCGAUGCUCUCUUCCCGCGACGAGGAGGCCUUUGCGGCACGCCUGCGACUGCAUUUUAGCGCCCUUGACGAGCUGGCUGCGCAGCUAGAAGGCAAAACGCAUCCUGCUCGCGGGAGGAGUAGCGACGUCGACGUGGAGGGCGGAAAAGCAGGGGGAGAAGGAGGACGUCGACUGGCUCUCACGGAAGCAGGAGCCGCCACAGUUGAAGCGGGCCUUGCACCGUGGGAAGGCGCAGAGUUGUAUGCCGACAUUUUCAAGACGAGCGUUCUAGGCCUCUGCGCGACGAACGAGCUCCACAUCAUCUUCCUCGCCGCUGUCUCCGUCGGGGGAGACGCACAGCCGCAUUGGCGAUGCUACUUGUCGGUCUACGACAGUCUCGACCCUGCAUGCAGGGCGGCAUUGUCAGAAGUCUUCUCCAUGCUGGCAGGAAAACUCAAGCUCGCUUGCCUACCUGUUGGAGCACUCGUCUCGAAAUUUAAGGACCUGGCGGAUACGCAGACCAAGGGCAGUUGUUUUGCGUCAAACAGUGAUGCACGUCGUGACGCAAUUGUCUUGCAGCAAUUCCUACAGCUAGAAGGCAUGACACCUAGAAGAGCCACCGCACUUCGCGCUAUCCAGGUCAACACCUGUGAGGAACUGCUUAAUACGCCAGUAUACGAUAUUUUCAAGGCAUUGGAGGCAGCAGAGCCCGCUUUUCUCACCGCGGCAGACCACAAUGCAGAGGCAAAUCAGGACGCUUGGCUAUGCAAAAUGCGUCGUCAGCGUGCACGCCUGCUGGCAGUCGCCGUGAAGCUAAAGGAUGCAGCACAGAAAGAACAAGCAAUGCGGCUGCAGGCGCUGGAAGAUGAAGCAGCUGGGCAUUGGUCAUUAGCAGAAAAGCUCUCCGAACAGUCUGGGGAUGAAGAGGGUUCUGUUGCCAGCCAGCAGCAUUCGUGCUUGCAAAGUACGGACCACGAGCCCACUGCUAACUGCAAAAGUUAA